UGACCAAAAUGGCGACGAAAUUGACAAAAACCGAAAGCCAUUGAACGCCGCAAAAGUCGAGACUUUGGCGGACAAUAAGAGCCGACAAUUGUGUCCACAAAAGCACUCUUAAGACAAUCAUCUGUUUGUUUACUAAAUGAAUGACGUCUUCAAUAACAAAGACGUCAUUUAUUAGUCACUGUUUUAAUGGCGAACAUCGCUUCGCAACGCAUUCAACGCGAGUUCGCCGAAGUCCAGCGUUCCGAUGAAGUCCAGCGGUCACUCAUUGCCGUCGAAUUAGUCGACGGAUCUCUUCUCGACCUCAGAGGACGAAUCGCUGGUCCGCCGGACACUCCAUACGCGGGAGGAGUCUUUCAUCUCGAGAUCAAAGUUCCCGAGACGUAUCCGUUUAAUCCGCCGAAAGUCCGAUUCGUGACCCGUAUUUGGCAUCCCAACAUAUCUUCGGUGACGGGAGCCAUUUGUUUGGACAUUUUGAAGGACCAAUGGGCGGCAGCGAUGACCAUCAGAACCGUCUUGCUGUCGCUUCAGGCGCUUUUGGCCGCCGCCGAAGCGGACGAUCCUCAAGACGCAGUUGUGGCCAAACAAUACAAAGAAAAUCCCGAACUCUUCAGACAAACGGCCAGACAUUGGACAUUCAUUUACGCUUCGGGAAGAAGGGAUUUAUCCAUGGAUUCAAUCGAAGAUCCGCUGAAACAACAAACCCUGGAAUUGGACGCAAAAAUACGUCGAUUACAAGACGUCAUGCGAAUAGACGAACACAAAGCACUGGUAGCCCUUUCCUCCAACAACUGGGAUCUCGAAAGGGCUACACAAGCGCUUCUUCCCUAAUAUUCAUUCAAUUUAUUCAUUAA